CCCAAAGUGCUGGGAUUACAGGCAUGAGCCACCGUACCCGGCUUGUUUGGCCCUAGACACUUGAUUAAAGCCUUAGGUUUUUGGGGUGAUGGUAAAAUCUCUGUGGGGUAUUGAGACUGCAUAAUGCUGAAAUUAGAGCUAGGACCCUUUUAAAAGGAAGGGGAUUGCAGCCUUGUUUACUGGGAUAUGGAGAUUGUGGUGUCACCCUUUUUUCCUGUCUGAGGUUGCCAGAACUGGCUGUCUCCGUUAGACGCCCUCAGCAGAGGCUGCUUUUCAGCCAAACUGCGGGAGUCAUCUGGAGAGUCCCUCCCACGCAGCACUCGCUUCAGACUCUUGUUCACAUUUUGAUCUCUAAUUUUGGUCAGCAUUGUAUUGGAAUAAGAUUUUUUUAAAACUAUACAAGUAAUGCAUAAAUAUAAGUCUUAAGCAAUUUUCAAACAAUUCAUAGAUAAAAUAUAAGACCCUCUUCACCACCCCAUCCUGCUCAUCUCAUCAAAGCUAACCACUUACAGUCAUUUCAUGUGUGUCUUUCUGAAUUUUUUUCUAGUGAAUUUACAUAAGUAAGUGUACAGGUACAAAUAUAGAUACAUACAGAGAUGAAUAUGUAAUUUUUUACACAUCCUUAGAAUCACGCUGUAUGUGUUCUGUAGCUUUUCUCAUAGACUGUUUCUUAGAAAUUGAAUAGCAACAGCAAAUAUAGAAGCAGCAACUCUCCUACCUGAUGUGUGCAACUGGGAGUUGGUGAAUUGCUAAAAUUGGUUAAGGCAGAAAGCCGUAAAAACAAGAUACACAUGCCCUGAGCGUUUUGUAAAACACAAGCCUGUCGUCAUUCACCAGCCAGUGGGCCGCUGCCCAGAGCCGUGUCUUGACUGGGGUCCAUUCCUUGGAAUUCAAGUUGGUUUUUCUCUCAGAUCAGAAACUCCUCACAGGGAGGUCACAUAGAGGUGGACUGAGAAGUCACAGAGGUAGACUGAGCUCACACAGAGGUCAUGGAGAGGUGGAUUGAGGUGACACAGGUCACGGAGAAGUGGACUGAGAGGUCACAGAGAGGAGGACUCAGAGGUCACAGGUCAUGGAAAGGUGGAUUGAGGUCACAGAGGUCACGAAAAGGUGGACUGAGAGGUCACAGAGGUCAUGGAGAGGUGGACUGAAGUCACACAGAGGUCAUGAAAAGGUGGACUCAGAGGUCACAGAGGUGGACUGAGGUUACACAGAGGUCACAACAAAGUGGACUGAGAUCACGGAGAGGUGGACUGAGGUCACACAUAGGUUAUGGAGAGGUCGACUGAGAGGUCGCACAGAGGUCAUCUAGAGGUGGAUUUAGGUCACACACAGGUCACGGAAAGGUGGACUGAGAGGUCACCUAGAGGUGAGUUGAGGUCAUACAGAGGUCACGUUGAGGUGGACUGAGGUCACACAGAGGUCAUCUAGCGGUGGAUUGAGGUCACACAGAAUUCACGGAGAGGUGGGCUGAGGUCACACAGAGGUCAUUGGGAGGUGGACUGGGAGGUCACCUAGAGGUGGAUUGAGGUCACAGAGAGGUCACAGAAAGGUGGACUGGGUCAGGAGAGGUGGACUGAGGUCACACAGGUCACCUAGAGGUGGAUUGAGGUCACACAGAGGUCACAGGUGGACUGAGGUCACACAGGUCAUCUAGAGAUGGAUUGAGGUCACACGGAGGUCACGGGGAGGUGAACUGAGGUCACAGGUCAUGUAGAGGUGGAUUGAGGUCAUACAGAGGUCAUGGGGAGGUGGACUAAGGUCACAGGUCAUGUAGAGGUGCAUUUAGGUCACACAGAAGUCACGGGGAGGUGGACUGAGAGGUCACGGAGAGGUAGACUGAGAGGUCAUGGGGAGGAGGACUGAGAGCUUCUGCUGUGAGGACCCAAAGUGGGAGGACUGCACAGAGCUGGGGCAGUGGAGAGAAGGGUGGCCAUCUGAGGGGACCCCAGGACAGUGACUUUUCCAGGCCUGGGACAUCAGCUUGUGCCAAGCCAGUCACCAAGGCAGGAGAGCACAGCACAUUUUCUGUAAACAGCAGGUGUCCCUUGGAGUGUGAGGUGUGGUCAGGAAAGUAGCAGGAUGUGCAGAGUCACCACUUCUUGUUUGUCACUGUGUCCUCCCACUGUCCUACGCGGGCUCGAGAGGCUGGGGUGGAUGCUUGGCCAGGCCCCACCUGGCCUGGCUCAGCGCCUCUCCGUGUGCUGGCCCUUCUGUCCUUCUGUUCACUCACAGGCCUCAGCGUUCCUUCAAAACUCUUUUCCCAGGGCCACCACUGUACGUUACAAAGGGCGGAACCUGCGGAUCAAAGCGCCCAUGUGCCGGGCCCUGAAGAAGCUGUGCGAUCCGGAUGGCUUGAGUGAUGAAGAGGACCAGAAGCCAGUGCGCCUGCCUCUGAAAGUCCCUAUAGAGCUGCAGCCACGGAACAACCACGCCUGGGCCCGCGUGCAGAGCCUUGCCCAGAACCCACGCCUCAGGAUGAUCGUGGAGCUACAUCGAAAGGUCUCCAGCCUCAUCGAAUUCUUGAAGCAGAAGUGGGCACUCCACGAGGUGCGAGUUCGGAAGACACUCGAGGAGCGGCAGCUGCAGGACUCAUGCUCCGCACCAACGCAGGAGAAGGUGACACUGCACUUGUUCCCAGGCGAGAACUGUACACUGACGCCGCUGCCGGGCGUGGCUCGCGUGGUGCACUCCAAGGCCUUCUGCACAGUGCACUGGCAGGAGGGCGGCCGGUGCAAGCAGAGUGCCAAGGACGCCCACGUGCUGCCCCCAGCCCAGAUCCUGGGCAUCCAGAGUGGGCAGGGCACGGCCCGGGGCCAGGUGAAAUGCCCGCGGAGCGGAGCCGAGGGCAAGGGUGUGGGGCGGCCCCCUCCCGCGGCUGACGCCUCGCAGAGCUCCGGAGAGAGUUCCCCCGAAAGCGCCCCUGGGGAGGGGGCUGUCCUAAGCUUGAGCAGCCCAGACGCUCCUGAUGGGCCUCCUCCCAGGCACCAGGACACCGGGCCAUGUCUUGAGAAGACCCCUGCAGAAGGCAGGGACAGUCCCACCCGGGAGCCAGGGGCCUUGCCGUGUGCCUGUGGCCAGCUCCCAGACCUGGAGGACGAGCUCUCGCUCCUAGACCCCUUGCCCCGCUACCUGAAGUCCUGUCAGGACCUCAUUGUCCCCGAGCAGUGCCGCUGUGCGGACACACGGCCUGGGAGCGAGCAGCCCCCUCCGGGUGGGGCGGCCUCCCCAGAGGUGCUGGCUCCUGUCAGCAAGGAGUCUGCUGACCUUGCUCCCACUGGCCCAUCCCCAAGGCCCGGCCCCGGGCUCCUGCUGGAUGUUUGCACUAAAGACUUGGCAGAUGCACCUGCAGAGGAGCUCCAGGAGAAGGGGAGCCCCGUGGAGCCUCCGCCGCCUCAGGGACAGCCUGCUACCAGGCCCCCGAAGGAGGUCCCCGCCAGCCGGCUGGCUCAGCAGCUCCGUGAGGAGGGCUGGAACCUGCAGACCUCCGAAAGCCUCACGCUAGCCGAAGUCUACCUCAUGAUGGGCAAGCCCAGCAAGCUGCAGCUGGAGUACGACUGGCUGGGGCCCAGCCGCCAGGACCCCCGCCCCGGCUGCCCGCCCACCGCCCUCCACAAGCAGCGCCUCCUCAGCUGCCUCCUGAAGCUCAUUUCUACCGAGGUCAACCCCAAGCUGGCUCUGGAAGCAAACACGGUCUCUACAGCCUCGGUGAGGCCCGCCCAGGAGGAGCAGUCGAUGACGCCCCCAGGGAAGGUAGUGACCGUCAGCUCUCGCAGCCCCCGCUGCCCUCGGAACCAGGCCUCCCUCCGCAGCAGCAAGACCUUCCCGCCCAGCUCUGCACCCUGCUCCUCAGGUUUGAGAAAUCCUCCAAGACCCCUCUUGGUGCCUGGUCCCUCCAGCACAGGAAGCAAUGACUCAGAUGGCGGCCUUUUUGCUGUCCCGACAACCUUGCCACCCAACAGCCGACAUGGGAAGCUCUUCUCUCCCAGUAAAGAAGCAGAGCUGACUUUCCGCCAGCAUCUGAACUCCAUCAGCAUGCAGUCGGAUUUCUUCCUGCCAAAGCCCCGGAAGCUGCGGAACCGGCACCUGCGGAAGCCACUGGUGGUCCAGAGAACACUGCUCCCUAGACCAUCGGAAAACCAGUCCCACAACGUUUGUUCCUUCUCCAUCCUGUCUAACUCUUCCGUAACUGGGAGAGGUUCGUUCCGGCCCAUCCAGUCUUCUCUGACCAAAGCAGCUCUGUCUCGGCCGAUCGUGCCCAAGGUCCUUCCACCCCAGGCCACAAGUCACCUGGCCAGUGCUAUCGACUUAGCAGCUACGAGUGCUGGCAUCCUCUCCGGGAACCCCCUCCCUGCCUUGGACACCGAGGGCUUGUCUGGCAUCUCUCCACUGUCUUCAGACGAGGUGACGGGUGCCAUCUCGGGGCAGGACUCCACUGGAACUCACCAGGAUGGAGGUGCCCUCCCCACCGUGGGGGGCUCCGACCCAUUCGUCAGCAUCCCUUCGAGGCCUGAGCAGGAGCCAGUGGCAGACAGUUUCCAGCAGGGCUCAUCUGUUCUCUCCUUAUCUGAGCUGCCCAAGGCCCCUCUCCAGAAUGGCCUCUCCACACCGCUGUCCUCGUCAGAGAGCUCCAGCACCCGGCUGUCUCCACCAGACGUCUCUGCUCUGCUCGACAUCUCCCUGCCCGGCCCACCUGAGGAUGCGCUGUCACAGGGCGAGCCUGCCACACACAUUAGCGACUCCAUCAUUGAGAUCGCCAUCAGCUCCGGUCAGUACGGUGAAGGAGUCCCUCUUUCUCCAGCAAAACUGAAUGGCAGUGACAGUUCCAAGAGCCUUCCCUCCCCGUCCAGCAGCCCCCAGCCACACUGGAUCGCCUCUCCCACCCACGACCCCCAGUGGUACCCCAGUGACUCCACUGACUCCUCGCUCAGCAGCCUGUUUGCAAGCUUCAUCUCCCCAGAGAAGAGCCGGAAGAUGUUGCCGACUCCCAUUGGGACCAACAGUGGCACUUCCUUGCUUGGCCCCAGCUUGUUGGAUGGAAACUCGCGGGACUCAUUUGUGUCCAGGUCCCUGGCUGACGUCGCAGAGGUUGUGGAUUCCCAGCUGGUGUGCAUGAUGAACGAAAACAGCAUUGAUUACAUUUCUCGGUUCAACGACCUGGCCCAAGAGCUGUCCAUCACUGAGCCUGGCCGCCGAGAAGCUCUGUUUGAUGGUGGUGGAGGCGGCCCCACUGUCAGUGACCUGUCCCAGUGACCACACGUCCUGGUGGCGGAUGAAGCCCUCUUCGAGCUAGAGAAAAAUAGAUAAGCCCAGCAGCCCCAGAAGAUGGUCUGAACAGAGGCAUCUCCGCACCCAAGACUGUACAAGGGGCAGGAACUUGGUCACAGAGCUGCUUCCCCACGAGCAGCAGGCAACGGCGUCCAAGGAGACUAGGAUGAGUUCUUGGGAAGGGCCAGCGUUAGAAAUCACUGUGGUGCUAGAGCCGUUCUUCACCACGCCUGGGCCCAUGUUAGGGUCUGCAUAGUGAUCCCAUUUCAGCCUGUGCUCUGCCUCGACUGUUGUGUUGGACAUUCCGAUGGCAUUUCCUUCUGAGACAAGGGAGUAUGUGUGCCUUGGUGUAUUUGCUGUGCACUAGGAGCUGUGAUCUCCCUCUCUGCAGGGAGGCCCCAGCCCCUGCUGCCUGCUUUCUGCCAAACCUGUGCUAUGCAUCAGCUGUGCCCUCUGUGGACUGUAAUGGGCAGGACAGUUGGAUGUGGCCAGGGCUCGUGCCUGGUGGUGUCACAUCCCAAGGCAGCAAGAGCAUGGAUACUGAUCACAGGGCUGCUGCGGAGUCCUGGGGCCCUGGGCUGGUGCCUCCCCUCCCUAGAGGUUUUGUUCGGACUCUUAACAGGGAAUGGGGGCAGGAAGAGUCCUGUACUAUGCAGGUUGUGUGGACUUUACGUGGGACUCUGCUAAGCUGGUUGAAAAUGUUUUUCUUGUGUUUUAAGAAUUAGGAGACAUGGAAGAGGAAGAACAAAGUCCCCUCUGUAGUUGGUUUCCUUCCUGUGUCCCUUUGCAAGCUUCCAGGUGAUCUAAGGUGUCAUUUCUGCCUCCUGGGGUGACCCUUAGGCACUAAUAUGAUGACAGUGAAGACUUUCCUGAUAAGUUCUUAAACUCGGUGUGUGACUAUUUGGCACUUGAGACAAACCUGCCUUUGCAGGGAAAGUGUCUCUCACGGGCAUUGGUGUGGGCAUGCCUGACAUACGUGUUCAGUCCCUUGCAUACCUUUGCCUUGAGACUUCCGUGUCUCCCUCCCAUUUGGGACACCCAGGCGAGGGCCCAGACAUCUGGAUGUGGUCAGACCUCACCAAAUGUAUGCCUUCGUGGUGGUCUCCCUCCUUGCGCCCUCUCGGGUGGCCAGUGUUCCUACCAAGGGUGGCCAGCGUUCCUACUGCAGACGGCCCAACAUCCAGUGUUUCCCCAGGACAGAGCUAACAAGGGCCCCUUUGCCUUCUCAUCCUCAGGAGUUCCAAGCACAUGAGUCACCGUCCAGCCACAUCCAAUGUGGCCUGGAGCUGCUACAGAGGUGUUGGGCAGGCCAUGCCUGUGCCACCAUCUCUCCCUUCCUGCCUCAUUUCAUCCCCCGCAGCAGCUGGGAUUGAUUGUGCUUUCCUAACCCACUUGGACCUACUCUCCCUCCUCCCUACCAUUCGUCUUCCCCCACACGUGUGGCACGCAGCAGCCCUCAAGGCCAGCCCUAGCCCCUCCACUGCUUCUCUCCCCAUCCACAAUGAAGAACGUGAAAAGAGGAGGGAAAGGCCUUUGGCAUGGACAAGCAUGUGGACGCCCUCCGUCCUGCAGUCUUGCCAGCCCACCACAGCCACUGUAGACCACAGGCAGGCCCUGCACUGCACCACUGGGAGGACGUGGAGAGGACAGUGAACUUCCAGGCAAGAGCUUCCUUCUUUUGUCUCACGAGUUUUUCUUAGAGCUCUUGCCUGAGCUGGCUUCCUUCCUUCAGACAUUGACAUGAGAUCUUAAGCAAAUAGUCCCAAACCUCUUAGGGGUGAAAAAAGAAACAUGGUGCCACUUGAUUGGGAGAGAGACAGCAGUGUUUGAACCUCAGCAUCUUUACAUUAGCUUGUGUUUUGUGCUAAGUAUACCAGCUUCCAAAAUUAGCAUCUCAUUGAGCCAGAGAAGACAAGGAGAUCUCCCUCUGGGCAUCUGGCUUUGCUGUGUCUCUAGAGGGUUAGGAUACCAGGCCGAGUUCAGGCCACUGCUAGCUUUCUCAUACUCCCACAGGCUAGACCAGAGAUGCCAAGUCCUAACAGCACUGAGCUGUGCAUGCUGCCAGGGACAGGAGGGUUUAUGAACUGCCUGUCAGGGUACCUGUUACCCCCUGACAACUAAGUGGGGUGAAGUUUUGGAGGUCAGAGUCUGCUUUCGUAGGCUCUUCAGAUAGCACCUACCACUUGGUUCUCCAGCGUAGACUCCUGGGAGCAGCCGACUGCAGCCAUUGCCAUCCAGUGGGGAGAUGGGUUAGGGAGGAGGACGGGCUGACUCGUCUCUUGUAAUAAAGCUGACAGAGUUCUAGAGAAUUCUGCUUCUCUAGUAACUAGACAGGUGAUACACAUUUGCUUGCCACAUUAAGGGAAAAUGGUGUCAUUUGUUGCAGAAAAACAAUGGAUGCAUUUUCUUCUGGCCUAAAUGAAUAUUUAUGUACAAACAUAGGCAACUGUUAAAGGCUGGAAUUUUCAAAAGAUCCAAACAGAGACUUCCUGCAUCUUCUGUCUUUCCAACAGAAGCGGUGAUCGUCUCAGUGUGAGCCUGUGGCUUCCUUUGUGCAUUUGAGCAUGCUGUAAUUAAGAUGAGAUCAGUUUCUUAGAAAAAGCUUUCCUGAAUCCCUCUUAUGUUGUCUGGGAUUUUUCUGCUGAUUCACCUUUUCUGGAGAUUGGGACAGAGCAUCUGUGGUCCAGGGAAGUUAGUUCUCUGGCCUCAAUUCUGUUGUGAAUGUACAGUGAUGAGCGGGCAUUGCGUGCCUCGGGGGAUGCCUAGUUCGUGGCUUCCUGGCUGUUUUGUCCUCCUGUGUCUUGUAGCUGUAGGGUGCCAGCUCAGGGAGUGGGGUCUUGGCGGCGUUUCCGCGGUUGGCCUCCUUGCUUUGCCGCACCUCCAGGUUCUGGGCAUGAGAGGCCGUGGCCUCGUUUCUGGUGGAUAACCUUUUUAGUUUAAUAGCAUCUUUAAUUAGAUCACAGCAUUGAAUUCAAAAUUUCUUCUGCAAAGAAAGUUGUGGGGCAUAAGACACCGGGAACGAGGGAGGAGGAAGACAGUUGUGUUUUCUCUUUAAACCUUGAGCUCUAGCCGAUGCAUUUGUCAGGAAAUACAGCACUUGGUCUUAAGAAAAGGAAGAGGCUGGGCGCAGUGGCUCACGCCUGUAAUCCCAGCACUUGGGGAGGCCCAGGCGGGCGGAUCACCUGAGGUCGGCAGUACGAGACCAGCCUGAACAACAUGGAGAGACCCCGUCUCUACUAAAAAUAUAGAAUUAGCCGGGCGUGGUGGCGCAUGUCCGUAAUCCCAGCUACUGGGGAGGCUGAGGUAGGAGAAUCGCUUGAACCUCGGCAGCGGAGGUUGCAGUGAGCUGAGAUCGCGCCACUGCACUCUAGCCUGGGCAACAAGAGCGAAACUCAGUCUCAAGAAAAGAAAAGAAAGCAAGGAAAGAGUAAUUUACAACGAAGGAAAGAAACCCACAGCACACCCUUCGGGGCUGUCAGCGCUCUCCUGAUGUCACAGUGGCUGCGUGUCCUUGGGGUGGGUGAGGUGUGGGGAGCCGAGCCCCUGGCCCUGCCUCCCGUGCCCCGCUCCCCUUCUCUCUCUUCUCGGUUAAGCCAUAGCGAGGCCUCCGCUCGUUUCAGAUGUGAAUUUGUUUUAUAGAUUAUAAAUAUGCAUAUACAGUGUAUGUAUAAAGCAGAAUGCCUGCCUUUCCUGGUUAUUUUUUGUACCAUAUUGUAAAUUAUAUUAUUUAUUCUUUACCAAUUUUGGGAAUAAAAGGUGUUUUGGUUAUUUAAUAUAAUAAGAGCUGUUAAACUUCUGUUUAAAUUUCCAGUUCAACUUGUAAAUGUUUUUAUUGUGCAUAAAUACAUACUAAUGUUGAUCUAA